AAGAACAUAAGUAUAUAAAAUAACAAAAUGAGUGGAUAAGCAUGUGAUCCUGAUAAGGGAUGCUGGCUAUUGAGUGAUUGUGAAUGGAAUGAACUCAGCUUUACAUGUGUUCGUGAUCCUAUUUUGGAAUUGACACCAUACACAGGUUUUGUUUAUUCCUUGAUUCCGAUAUUUCUUGGAAUCGGAAUAUUGGGUGGGUUAGGAAGCGGAAUGGUUAAAAGGCCUAUAUUGAAUCUCCUGUUAAAUUAUCCGAAUAACAUUGCAACUCAGGUCGGAGAUAGCUUUCUAUUCACAACCACAUCUCUGAAUUUAUUCUUUUUGUUUUUUGAAAAGUAUCUUUAAAUUUCAUUAGAAAGACAUCCCGAUAUCCCAGAAUUGCCACUUGUUAACUUUGACAUCUGUGUAAUAUUCAAUCAAGCCAUCCCUUUAGCCUGGAGUCUCGGAGCUCUCCUUUCGUAACUUUUGCCUUAACUUGCCUUAUAUCUCAUUUAAUUAUGCUUUUUGAUUGGAGCAACUCCUUUCCUAUGGAAAUUCAGUAUUAAAUGGUAUUUAUUAAAGCAUUUAGAUAAAGAUAACUAGAACAAGAUAAGAGAAAUAAUAAGGUGUUUGUUUCAGAGAAAAUCAAAACAAGGGAAGAAAUGGCGAAGGAAACAGAUUUGGAUGAAAAGUUGCUAAAUAAGUAUGAGGAAUUUUAUGUGAAUGACCAUAAUAAAAUUUAAAUUAAGAACAUUUGCUUUGUGAUUGGGUCCUUCAUAAUUAAUUAAACCAUUGUCUUAAUGAGAUCAAAUAAUUAUAAUAAUUCCAUAAUUGGAUUAGACCCUUGCUCUGUGGAGAACAAUUUGAUUAUCUUGGUCUUACUUGGAGCUAACUUUAUUUACACAUCCUUGGUUUAUUGGAAUAAAAGAAAUGAAGAAUAUUAUAAAGACUUAGUCUAAUACAGACCAAAGCAUAGAUUUUUUACACCCAGAAAAAUAUUUUGGUAAUAUUACUUUGCAGGUUGGUUGGCUGGGUUUAGUACAGGAAUUAUAGGAAUGGGAGGUGGUAUCAUUCCUGUUGCAUUUUUAUUGAAUAAUAAAAUAAUUGCAAGAGAGGCUGCUGCUACUGCUGCCUUUGGAUCUUUUAUGAUCUCACUUAAUAGUUUACUAUAGUUAUUUUUGCAAAAGACAAUAACAAAUGAACAGUUGUUCACUUUUAUUGGCUUAGGGGUAUAUACUUUUAUAUAAUUUAAGAUAAUAGGGUUGCUAUUAUUCACUAAACCUGCCUAUAUGUUAAUGAAUAAGUAUAAGGUAGGAUUUGUUGUAUUAAUUGUUGAUAUAAUUCAAGUUGCAAACAAUAUAAUUUCAAUUGUGGCUUUAAUUAUAAUCAACUCAGUCCUUUUUGGGUUUGAUAAAUUAUUGGUAUAUCAUUCCCACUGUUGAAUAUUAAUGUUGAUUUUGAUGAAAUUAAUAAUUUAUGUAUUCACAAACUAAAUAAUAUGUAUUCAAUAAAUGAUUACGGGUAAACUGACUCCCUAUAGCUAUAUAUUAGGAGUACUUAUCAGAAACCGAAAUUAACGUCACUUCUAUACUUUAAUAGAUUCUCUAUUAUGAAGCUAUAGAUCCUGCUUU